GUUUGAAAUUGGAAAAAAAUGAACAUUUUUUAAUCAAUUUUUUUUCUAAACUUGAAAAAAUUUGACAAACAACAAAGACAUAAUGAAUCUGAAUACGUUUAUGAUGCUUUCGUUAUUCGAAAAUAUUCUACAACCAUCGAUAGCUACAGCUAUCGAUCAUCACCACCAUCAUCGACAACGACGAGAAGAACAUAGAAAUUUAGUUUGGAGCGAUGAAUUUGAUUCCGAUCGAUUAGAUGAUCAAAAUUGGAUUUAUGAACAACAUUGUGGACGUUUUAAUCAAGAACUUGAAUGUUAUACAAAACAUCGUGAAAAAAAUGUACGAAUUGAAAAUGGACAUUUGAUGAUUGAAGUUUGUGUUGAACCAUAUAAUGGUUAUAAUUUUACAUCUGGUCGUUUAUUAACCCGGAAAUCCUGGAAAUAUGGUCGAUUUGAAAUACGUGCACGAAUGCCACAUGGUUAUCAAUUAUGGCCAGCAAUUUGGAUGUUAGCUAAACAUGAAACGUAUGGUGGUUGGCCAACUAAUGGUGAAAUUGAUAUUGCUGAAAUUAUUGGCAAUACAGCUGAUUUAAUGUCAUCAAGUAUACAUUAUGGACCAACAGUUGAAACAAUGAUUUCAAUGACAAGUGGUGUUAAGAAUUUUUCCAUCGAUCUAAGUAAAGAUUUUCAUUUAUAUACAUUAGAUUGGAAUGAAAAACAUUUACAAUGGUCAUUGGAUAAUCGACCAUAUUAUUCAGUUAAUUUAGAUCGUAUAAUGUGUUGUGAUGAUAAAUCAAUCAAAUCACCAUACACAAAAAAAGUACAACCAUUUGAUCAACCAUUUUAUCUGAUAUUGAAUGUUGCAGUUGGUGGAACAUUUUUCGGCCAACCACCUUAUGUUACACCGGAACAGGCAAAAAAAUGGCCCAAAAAUACAAUGGAAAUUGAUUAUAUAAGAAUUUUUCAAUGAAUAAAAAAUAUUCAAAUUUUAUUUCA